AUGACAAUGGGUCUUCUCCAUCUUCCUCUUCUUUCCUCCCUCUCUACUCUUACCUCUUCACGAAAUCUUUCUUUUCGUCGUAACUUUUACGUGUCUUUCCAAAUGAAUAAGCGAUCGAUUGUCGAUACAAAAGUUUAUAAUACUUCUGUUGUUCGGCGGUCUGCAAAUUACCAACCUCCUAUAUGGAAGCAUGAGUUUGUUGAAUCGCUAACGAGUGAAUUCACGGGAGAGAAGAGUUUAAAUAGAAGAGAUAUGCUAAAAAGAAGAGUGAAAAUGAUGUUGAACAAAAAAUUAUUAUUGGAUGGAGAUAGUUUGAGACAAUUGGAGCUAGUUGACAAGCUACAAAGGUUGGGAUUGUCAUAUCAUUUCCAAAUAGAAAUAAAUCAAAUCUUAGAGAAUAUGAAUGAAAAAUUUGAGAAUGGAAAGGAUUUAGAGUGGAACAACUUAUAUGCCACGGCUCUUCAUUUUAGGAUUUUAAGGCAACAUGGUUAUUAUAUUCCCGAAGAGGUCUUUGAGAAGUUUCACGAUGAGUUAGAAAGUUGUAAUAAUAUUUGUGAUGAGAAAGCUAAGGGAAUGUUAUCCUUAUACGAAGCUUCCUUUUUAGCAAUGGAAGGUGAAUCCUUUUUGGAUAAUGCAAGACAUUUUGCCAUUCAACAUCUAUCAAAAUACCUUAAAUCGAGCGAUAAUGAAAUAAUUUGUUCUAUGGUAAGCCAUGCUCUCGAACUCCCACUUCAUUGGAGAAUGCCAAGAUUGGAGGCUAGAUGGUUCAUCGAUUUGUAUCGAAAAAAACCUGAACCAAACCUUAAGUUGUUGGAUUUCGCCACGUUAGAGUUCAAUAUUGUCCAAUCCGCACAUCAAGAUGACCUGAAAUAUGCCUCUAGGUGGUGGAAGAGCACUGAGCUCGGAGAAAAACUCGACUUUGCAAGAGAUAGAUUGAUGGCAAAUUUCUUUUGGUCUGUGGGAAUGGGAUGCAAACCUCAUCUGGGAUAUUUUAGAAGAAUGUCUACAAAAAUUGCUUCGUUAAUAACAAUAAUUGACGAUGUUUAUGAUGUGUAUGGAACUUUAGAUGAACUUGAACUCUUCACCAAUGUUGUCGAGAGAUGGGACAUUUCCGCCGGUGAUUCAUUGCCUAACUACAUGAAAAUAUGUUUUAUUGCUCUCCACAACACAAUCAACGAUGUGACUUUCGAUGCUGUUAAGAAUCAUGGAGUCAAUGUCAUUCAAUAUUUAAGAAAAAUGUGGGUAGAUUUAUGCAAAACGUUCUUGAUAGAGGCAAGAUGGCAAUACACCAAUUAUAAGCCAACAUUCCAAGAGUAUUUAGACAAUGCAUGGAUUUCAGUAUCCGGAUCUCUUCUUCUCGUUCAUGCUUAUGUCUUUGCCACAAACUCAAUAAUGAAAGAGGAUUUGGAAUACUUGGAAGACUAUCCUGAUCUUAUUCGACAUUCAUCCAUGAUCUUUCGUCUUACCAAUGACUUAGCUUCAUCAUCGGAUGAAGCAGAGAGAGGUGAAGUUGCUAAGUCUCUCCAAUGUUACAUGAAUGACACAGGUGCCUCUGAACAUGAAGCACGAAGAUAUAUAAAGGAUUUGAUUAACCAGUCGUGGAAGAAAUUGAAUAAAAUUCAAAUGUUGAAUUAUUCACCAAUUAUCUCUAAAGAUUUCAUUGAAAUUUCUUUAAAUCUCGCUAGAAUUUCGCACACAGUCUACCAACAUAGAGAUGGACACACUCUGGAAGAUCAAGAGACCAAGGAUCGUGUCUCAUCUUUAUUCAUCAGGCCUACAUAGAUUCAUACAAAUUAAUAAC